AUGAUGAUGAUGAUGAUGAUGAUGAUGAUGAUGAGGAUGUGUGUCUGUAUGUGUAUGUUAAGUGUUGAGUGUGUGACAUAUUUGACCUCUGACCUCUUUGUGUUUUCCCAGGUGGCCGAGCAGCUGAUGACCAUAGCGUAUGAGAGUGGAGUCAACCUGUUUGACACGGCGGAGGUGUACGCUGCUGGAAAGUGAGUCAGGAUAUAAUAACACACCCCUUUACUGUAACAACAGGUCAGCUGUGUGAUACUGAGUACUGAGAGGAUUUGCCAUGCCUUCUUGCUUUUCAGAGCUGAAGUCAUAUUGGGUAAUAUCAUCAAAAAGAAGUCCUGGAGGUAG